GGCGCGCGUGCUCACGCUCGCGCGGAGCAUCAUGUGCGGUGAUUUCUUUUCGAGCAGCGUCCUGUCGUUUGCGUAUCCUGGAGCGCUUGCUCUUCGAGAGUCCGCACAGAGUCUCUCCUCGGCGAGGGGCCGGCCGUGCGCGUUCGACGCGGACAUGGCGGAACGACGAAGGACGACCGUAUUGUUCCGCGUCGAGCACGCGCCGCACGGGUUUCCGAGCGUGACGGCGAGCUGCACUUUAAUCUCCCGGCAGCAUGUAGCCGGCAUCUAAACUCCAAGACACGCUUGAUUUUGAUUUUUAUUCUCGCGACAUGAAAUUGUAUUCGUUGAUGUCGUAAUGCAGAUAGGCGGAAAUGUACGUUCACAUCUUGCGCGACGCGUAAAGGACGCAUCACGACGCUGAGCUCUUUGGUGUCGUCUCAAUAAAAGACGAUGGCUGACUCCGAUAAAGAUUCCAUACAGUGCCUAGUGUGCAACAGUAAAGUUGGAGUAUCCACUAGAAAUAGUAUACGCAUCUUUGAUGAUUCUAGUUAUACUGUAUCUGAGAAGCCACUUGUGGAUGUUAUAUCAGCUGUUUUAGAAGUUGAUAUCAGUGAAGAGUCUGUGCAUUCUCUUGUCAUUUGUAAAAAAUGUUUUAAGCUGUUCAAUGAGGUAGAUGAGCUUGAAAGUAAAUUGAUUCAAAUCAAAAUGGAAUUAUGUAACAAUUAUAAAAAGACGAUUGAAGUUAAAAAAUUAUGUGACAUACUUCAAAGUGAGGAAGACUAUAACGAUCAUGAUUAUACAGACAAUACAGAAAGUCAAAACACUCUAAUGGAGACACAAGAAGAAAAGGAUUAUAUUGAAGAAGAGGAUACACGAGAAGAAGAAUCGAUUAUAGAAACAGAAGACUCUUCUUUAUUCACAGUUGAAGAAGUAGAUGAAACAACAAACAGUUCUGAUGACAAAAAGAAAUUGAAAAAGAGUAAAAUUAAAGAAAUUCACCCUCUGGAAAGUAUUGUAUUUAGAGAUGAAUCUUCAUACACCUGUUCUUUAUGUCCAAACGAGGAGGAGAGAUUCACGGCAGAUGCUAAAGCUAUAAUAGCGCACAUGAAAGAUGUGCACGAUGUUCGUUUGUACAUCUGUGACGUGUGCGGACAAGAUUUUAGAAAGAGAAACGAACUGUCUCUGCAUCUCGAUGAUCACGUUGCGAAGGAGGAGGGGGACUUUCAAUGCGAGAUAUGUAAUAGAAUAUUUAGUAAUCUGCGAUUAUUCCGAAUUCAUAAAAGGAUACAUUAUCCGCAAGUGAAAUCAUGGCCCUGCGAUACAUGUGGAAAAAAAUACAAUUCCAAAAAUUUAUUGGAGGAACAUAUGAAUACACACAUGGGUGUUCGUCCAUACGUGUGCGAGACCUGUGGCAAAGAUUUCGCAUCCAAGUAUACAUAUAAAGCGCACGUGAAAACGCACGAGCUACGACCUCGUCCAUUUGAGUGCAGUCAAUGUAAUAAAAAAUUUCUGAGCCAACAAAAUUUAAUUCAUCAUGGACGAACACAUGAUGGCAUAAAAGAUUAUGUAUGCCAUCAGUGUGGUAAAGCUUUUACCUCGUCUCACAAUUUAGAGGUACACAAUAUAGUACAUACUGGAUAUAAACCCUAUAUAUGCCGAAUUUGUGGGAAAGCAUUUGCGCGUAAAGCGGAAAUACGCGAUCAUGAAAGAACUCAUACAGGUGAGAAACCUUAUCAGUGCGAGUUUUGUGGAGCAACAUUUAGUCAGAGAUCAAAUCUACAAUCUCACAAACGGGCGACACAUUAUAAUGAUAAACGUUAUAAGUGUGAUGACUGUGGAAAAGGUUUCAAAAGAAGAAGAUUAUUGGAUUACCAUAUAAAAGCGGCACACACUGGUGAAAGACCAUACAAAUGUGACACAUGCUCAGCUACAUUUGUCUAUCCUGAGCAUUUUAAGAAACACAGGCGUAUACAUACAGGCGAGAAGCCAUAUCUUUGCGAGGUUUGUGGCAAAGCAUUUAAUAGCAGAGAUAACAGAAACGCUCAUAGAUUCAUACAUAGUGAUAAAAAGCCAUAUGAAUGUUUAGUAUGCGGUAUGGGCUUUAUGAGAAAACCAUUACUUUACGCACAUAUGCAAGUUCAGGGUCACUUAAAUGAUACUAUAGUAGUGAACCAACCACGACUGACAAUGGAAGAUGUAAUAACUAUUCCUGGAAGUAAUAGCGAAAUAUUGGUGGAAGAAGUUGAAAACGAACAGCUGGAUGAAGCUGAACUAUAUGAACUGAAAGAUCAUGUGAUUAUACAACAAGAAGGGGAAGAUCAGAUAUAUAAUGAAGAAGAUGUUGUAUUAAGUAUACCAGCAGAAGAAACUGUAAAUGCCGAAGUAGAACAUCUUACCGUUGAAGAUCAGAUAAGUUUUGUGGAAGGUGAAGUUACAGACGACGAUAAAACUAUAAUUAAUCAAGUAGAAACGGUGUACACUUAUAAUGAAACUGAGGAAGGAGAAACGAUAGUUAUACCAUCUUCUUCGCAAGGAAACGAGAAGAAUAUGCGAUUAGUGCAAAUCAGAUUUCCAACUUCUGUAGAUGGAGAAAGCAAAAACUGGUUGAGUUUAGUACAAAAUACUUAAGUUUUUCACCACCAUCAAUGUACUGUAAUUUACUGGAUUGGGAAUAAUUACUGACUGGAACCUAUACAAGUAAUGAUAUAUUACAAAUUGAUAUUUCUAUUAGAACAAUUCCAUGUAGGAUUAGUAAUUUAGGCCUUAUUUUAAUCCUUAAAAUUCAUUUUAUCCAUUUUACCACUUAUAUAUCACACCGAGUAUGGCAUAUUUUUUAAGCCAACUUUAAUUACUUAGAACACUUAUAAAAAGAAACAGGUUUUAACAAUUUUUUAAAAUUAAAACGCUAGGCAGUUAGAAUAUAACGGUACCAAGCAAAUGUAUGUAUUCUUAUUAAUAAAAAAAGUUAGGUUCAAGUAAUAAAGUAAACAAUAGUUUCAAAGAAACUAUUUUUUUGUAUAAAAAAAUGCCUGAGUAUGUCAUACCCAGAGUGGAUUUUAAGUAAUUAUUUAAUCAUUGCUAUAAUGUUCUUAUAAUUAAUUUAUAAUAAAAAAUUCAUCGAUUUAAAUAUUAGCAAUUAUUUCAGCAGACAAAAUUAGAUUUAAUGCAGAAGUUAAAUGGGAACAAAUUUAAUUAUAGUCUAAUUAUUCAUCCUAACAAUUGUACUAUUUCAUUAUUAAAAUAUAACUGAGUUUAA